CUCACUGCGCACGCGCACUCACAAGUCUGAUUCUGAGAAUGGCGGAGCUUGGGGAGGCGGACGAAGCGGAGUUACAGCGCCUGGUGGCCGCUGAACAGCAGAAAGCGCAGUUCACUGCACAGGUGCAUCACUUCAUGGAACUAUGUUGGGAUAAAUGUGUGGAGAAGCCAGGGAAUCGCCUAGACUCUCGAACUGAAAAUUGUCUCUCUAGCUGUGUGGACCGCUUCAUUGACACUACUCUUGCCAUCACCAGUCGGUUUGCCCAGAUUGUACAGAAAGGAGGGCAGUAGGCCACCCCUUAAGAAAAUGACAAAAGCAGUAAAGGACUUGUUAUUAAGAUUGAAGUGCAAGUGGGGGAGGAAUUGUCAACCAAUUGUCAAGUCAGCAUCAGGCUGUUACCAAGUUUGUUGGUGCUAAAAAGUAACAGAUCGAAUGUUCAAAAAGUGAAAUUUUAUUUAUUUGGAAUUCAGAAAUUCCAGGUUGUAUCACACCAGUUAUUCAAUAAACAUGAAUUCUCCAACUUUCUUUUUUUCCUUUAAAUUUCAUUUUAGGAUUUAAUAUUGAGAUAUCUGGCAGGAACAUUAGAAAUAAACAUGUUCCAAGGCUAGUAGUGCAAAUAGGAGAUGAUAGGUUUUAAAGAGCCACCCUAAGCCAUAGUUAAAAGGGUUGGAAGUAGCRUGAAAGUCUUAGCUUAAGGCAUAGAAGAGAAUUUGGAGUUGAAAGAUUAAUAACAAAACAGCUUUAUUGCUUAUACUUGACCAAGAAAAGAUAAAACAUGAAAGGGGAAAAAAAAACAGGCAAAAUAUGUAUUCCUUGGGAAAGAGAUGGUAGUAUGGUAGGAGGGAAAGGUCAAGACCCAAAGAGCCAACUUCCUGGAGGUGCCUUAUGCCACUGGCUCAUUUUCCCAAAUCUGUGCUUUCAAUCAGUACUUAAGAGCACAAAACAAUGCUAAAAAAAUACACACUAAUAACUCCUUCCAACAAAGACUUCAGUUGCUCCAAGAAGGUUAAGAGGUAGUAAUUAAAAGACUCUUCUUCCCCCCUAUUAGGUUUCCACUUAUGCCAAGGACAAAAAUAUAUACCAUGGAACAUUGACAACUGAGUACCAAAGAAUUAGUAUUUCAAAUAAAUAUCCCAAAAGGUAGCACCCACUCAUAAUCAAAGGAUAGGGCACCUCUGGCCAACCAUGUAUUUUAAAACCAAGCAUUUAUUAGAAAUUGUUCCAUAAAGAGAACUAAUUUUAGUAGUUAGAACUAUAAAAUACACUUCAUGGAAUGUCAUCAUAGUUGUAUUCUAUUGCUGGUGUCUUAAAUUGUCAUGCUACCAUGAAGUACUUCUCUAUUACACAUGGGGAAAGGCCAGGGAGAUUAACUUAAGCUGCUCUAGAACUUACAACUGAUUAAUGGCAGAACUAAGACCAAAAGUCUUUUGAGUUUUUAAGCCUUUUUCUUAGCUCAUAAAGUGACAAUAAGGAAGAAAAUGACAAUAUGCCACUUGACCUUUUC